CUCCGUUGCAGAUAAGACGUCAUCUAUUAUGGUUUCGUGAUUGGUCGAUUGCAAGCAGACCGACACAGUGCGUUGCAGCAGCACUUUGGUAGAGGUGGGAUUCGUCAGGAGAACUUCAGAAGGGGCCAUGCAGCGUAUUAAGCAACAAAGCACGUAUGUAUUUCAUUCACAGUCAGCUAUCCUUCCCGCAGAGGCUAAAACAGGAGACUGCAUUUCGCGGUUGAUUGUACAUUAAAUAAAACAGCAAAUGUUUUCCUACUCAGAAGUGGAGGCUUCAAAGUGUAGCAAUUGAAGCAAAAAUGUAUUGCAAAGAUUACCAGAACUUCCGCUCGCUCCUUGUGGCUUAUCCCCUGAGCUUACCAAGAGAGAAACUGAUGUUCCCCUUUUGCGAAGUUUCGGGUGUGUCAAGUUGGGCAAUCUUCCUCUAUUCUCUUCGGCUUCAGCAUCCACUGGUCCCAGCAACCUCCUCCUGCUCCAGAUCAGGGUCCUAAGUACCCCUACCCCAUCCGCCCACGCACCGACGGUGAUUGGACAGAGAAAGGGAUCCUGACCAUUUGUGACCUAUGGCUAACCUGUCCAUUUGACAUUUAAUAUCAUUGGCCAGGGGAGAUGUGAAAGAGGAACAAGUUGUGGGCCCAGCGACCCCCCUCCAAAUGGAACACCGAGCCCUGGCUACUUUCGAUCUGAGUGUUUCAGGAAAAGAAAAAUACAGUUUAAAGGACAGAGAUUUGUGAGCAAUAUGGAUUAUUAGAUGUUUUGCAGCCUGUCAUGGAAAUGUCUCCCACCAGAGAAGUCAGGGAGAUGUGUCUUCUGACUGCUCUGCAGAAGUUGUGAAUGUAAAAGAUUGUUGAGAAGAAAGGCACCAAGGGACAAAGACAACAUGAAGAGCCUGUUGCUUCUUCUCUUAGCAGUCUUUGGACUUUGCUGGACCCAGUACAAGUCAAAUCCGAAGCCUGUAAAGACAUCUAUUGUCCAUCUCUUUGAAUGGCACUGGACUGAUGUUGCUCUUGAAUGUGAGCGUUAUUUAGCCUCGAAUGGAUUUGAAGGUGUUCAGGUUUCUCCCCCAAAUGAAAACCUUGUUGUUCUGAAUCCCUGGAGGCCAUGGUGGGAGAGAUAUCAGCCAAUCAGUUACAAGUUAUGUUCACGUUCUGGAAAUGAAAAUGAAUUUAGGGACAUGGUUACCAGAUGCAAUAACGUUGGAGUACAUAUUUAUGUGGAUGCUGUAGUUAACCAUAUGUGUGGCUCUGGAGCUGGCUCUGGCUAUCACGGGACUUGUGGGAGCUAUUUCAAUGCAGCGAGCCGAGAUUUUCCUGCUGUCCCAUACUCUAGCUUUGAUUUCAAUGACAGGAUAUGUAAAACACUCAGUGGGGAUAUUGAAAAUUACAGUGAUCCCAUUCAGGUCCGUAACUGUCGCCUGGGUGGCCUUGUUGACCUUGCACAAAGUAGAGAUGAUGUGCGUUCAAAAAUAGCUGAAUACAUGAACCACCUAGUGGAGAUUGGUGUUGCAGGGUUCCGAAUUGAUGCUUCUAAGCACAUAUGGCCCAAGGACAUAAAUGUCAUUUUAAGCAAAGUGAAUAAUCUGAAUACACGAUGGUUCACUGAAGGAUCACGGCCUUUCAUCUAUCAGGAGGUAAUCGACUUGGGUGGCGAACCAAUUCAAAGCCCUGAAUACUAUGGAAAUGGUCGAGUGACCGAAUUUAAAUAUGGUGCACAACUUGGGACUGUACUCCGCAAAUGGAAUGGAGAAAAGAUGGCAAAUCUAAAGAGCUGGGGAGAAAAUGGGAGUUUGAUGCCUUCUGACAAAGCCAUUGUCUUUGUAGAUAACCAUGACAACCAGAGGGGACAUGGUGCUGGUGGGACCUCCAUUCUCACAUUCUGGAACCGCAGGCUCUAUAAGAUGGCAGUUGGCUUUAUGCUUGCUCAUCCCUAUGGAUUUACACGAAUAAUGUCAAGCUACUGGUGGCCAAGAAAUAUCCAGCAUGGAAAGGACCUUAAUGACUGGGUUGGGCCACCAAGCAAUAGCGAUGGAUCAAUUAAAACUGUUACGAUUAACUCAGAUGGCAGCUGUGGCAAUGGCUGGGUCUGUGAACAUCGGUGGCAUCAAAUAAGGAAUAUGGUGGCAUUCCGAAAUGUUGCGUAUGGCCAGCCUAUUACAAGGUGGUGGGACAACAACAACAACCAAGUGGCAUUUGGACGUGAAGGAAAAGGAUUUGUUGUUUUUAAUAAUGAUGACAGGAAUUUGUCAGUCAUCCUACAAACGGGUCUUCCUGCUGGCAUUUACUGUGACAUUAUUUCUGGAAGGAAGGAGGGCAACGUCUGCACUGGAAUUCAAAUCCACAUUGCUGCUAAUGGCACUGCUCAUUUUCAGAUCAAUCACCAAGCUGAAGAUCCAUUCCUUGCGAUUCACAUUGAAGCCAGAUUGUAAUCCGUGCUGGAUGCUUAGCACACUGGUGUUUGUUUUUUGGUCUUAUUCUCUGUGUAUUAUAAAGCUGAAUCAAAAGCUACCUUAUAAAUUAUCUGCCCCCAAAUAAAUGCCACUUAUGGUAAAACUCA